AUGGCUACUACGGGUGGUAGUUCUAAUGAUAUACCUGAUGAUGAUUUUGAUGAGAACAAACCAUUGUGGAAGUAUAUAACUAAAUUAGCAAAACCUGGGGAAGGAGGACGAAAUUGCCAAUUACAACGUAAUUUUUGUAAUAAUACUUUCAAAGGUUCAUAUACAAGAGCAAGGGCACGCCUAUUAAAACUCUCAGGAAAGGGAAUUGGUGCUUGUAAGAAAAUUACAAGUCAAAAACUUUCACAAUUGCAAAAUGAGAAUGAUGCUGUUGAACUGAGAAUUAAAAAUGCUCAUCCCAAAAAUGUACCACUACCCCCUUCUAGUGUAUCAAUUGGUAGUAGUUAUGCUUAUGAAUCAAAGAAAAGGAGGACAUGUGCAAGUGGGAGUGGAAGUGAGAGUGGGAGUGGAAGUGCGCCUGGGAGUGGGAGUGCUAUUGAGAAAGCAUUCAACAUGAAGGAUAGAGAGCAAUUACAUUUUGAAAUUGCUAGGAUGUUCUACUCAGGGGGGGUACCAUUUAAUCUUGCAAGAAAUCCUUACUAUGUUAGCUCUUACACAUUUGCUGCAAACCAUAAUAUUCCUGGAUAUUUGCCUCCCGGUUAUAAUUUGUUACGAACCACAUUACUUCAAAAGGAGAGGGCAAAUAUUGAUAGAUUGUUGCAACCAAUUAGGGGCACAUGGAAGGAAAAAGGGGUGAGCAUUGUUAGUGAUGGUUGGAGUGAUUCUCAAAGGAGGCCUUUGAUUAAUUUUAUGGCAGUGAGUGAAAGUGGGCCUAUGUUCAUUAAAGCAGUUGAUUGUUCUGGAGAAACUAAAGACAAAUAUUUCAUUGCAAAUUUGAUGAAAGAAGUGAUUAAUGAGGUUGGGCCAAGUAAUGUGGUUCAAGUCAUCACGGAUAAUGCUCCUAAUUGUAAGGCAGCCGGACAACUCAUUGAAGCUCAAUUCCCUCAUAUUCUAUGGACUCCUUGUGUGGUGCACACAUUAAAUCUAGCUUUGAAAAAUAUUUGUGCCGCAAAGAAUAUUGAGAGGAAUGAAGUCACAUAUGAAGAAUGUAGUUGGAUUACUGAUAUUGCCGGAGAUGGUUUGAUGAUUAAGAAUUUUAUCUCUAAUCACUCAAUGCGAUUGGCUAUGUACAAUGAAUUUGUGUCAUUGAAGUUGCUUUCGGUUGCCGAAACACGAUUUGCCUCCACAAUUGUUAUGCUCAAGAGGCAACCCGCAAGGCGUCAGAGUUUGUUUGCAGGUAUCAUUGCCCCUUCUAGCCUAAUGGCAAUGAGUGACUUGAAUCCUUGGCAGUGA